AUGGAAACCUUGUUUUGGAAGGAUCACUGGUUCAAUGGCCUUGCACCCAUGCAGCUGUGGCCUAAUGCUUUCCUGAACACUUUGAGGCAGGAUGACACUGUGUUCGAGUUGGCUCAUCUUCUCAACUGUCCUCCUUUCACUGAUGAUCCUGCUGCUACGCAGUUACAUGACAAGCUUCAAUUUGCGUCUGGCUCUGAUAAGGACAACAGAUUCUGGAGCUUGACUGCUAAUGGUUGUUUCUCAAAUAAGAUCCUGUCCCUCGAAAACCUCGCUAGACGUAGGUGUAAUAGACUGCCGUCGGAUACUUGUGUCCUUUGCCACUCUGCUUCAGAAUCUGUUGAUCACUUGUUCCUUCAUUGCCGUUUUGCUAUCGAAGUUUGGACAAAGCUUAGCAGGAUUACCCUGCUACCCCCUCUUCCGACUUCGAUGGCAAUACUGUGGGGGGAUUGGAGGACAGCCCUUCGACCCUCGAUACGUGUGAUGGGGGAUGGGGUGAUUAAAGCUUAUGUGUGGUCAAUUUGGCUUGCAAGAAAUAAUGUUAUUCAUGCUGGUAUUUGUGUGAACCCGCUUGAUGUGUUAGUUAAGACUGAUCUAUGCAUUUUGUCGUGGUUCUCUGCAGCUCCAGAGGGACUGAGAUCGACCCUUGAUGAUACCAUCUCUGCCGUUCGGCGUAGUCUUGUGUUCAUCGGACCUCAGGUUGAGGAGGCGGAGACCGCUCACUCGACUGAGGAGGCUCAGGAGGAUAGUAUGGGUGGUGGCGACUACACAUACAACAGCAUCUUCUACACCAACCUCAUCUCCCUCUUAUCCACCCUCCAAGCCAAAUCCUCAUCCUCCAUCUCCGUAAACCAAACCUCUGGGGAUGCCGUGGACACCGUCUUUGGCCUUUACUUCUGCACUGGUGACCUUUCACAAGACAAUUGCCAAGCCUGCAUUCAAUCAGCCACCAAAGACAUCACUGCUAGAUGUCCAAGCUCCAAACAAGCUAUCAUAUGGUAUGACUCCUGUGAGAUGCGUUACUCUGAUACCAACUUCUUUGGAUUACCAGACGCCAAUGGCUUCUCCAUGGCCAACCUCUUUGAGAACACCAGCUCAUCAAGGCCAAUGGAGCUGAUGGCCCGGUUGGUGAAGGACGCUCCUACUCAACAUCCCUUGAUGUUCUACUUUAUAGCCCUCCCUGCAGCACGCUUGUAUGGUCUGGCACAGUGUUCACCAGACUUAAACAGAGAAGGAUGUAGUCGUUGCUUGACUACCAUCUUGGCAAAAAUCAAUGCUUGUUGCACAAGUGCUAAGGGAUGGAGGUAUUUAUCUCCGAGCUGUUGGUUAAGGUAUGAAGCCACACCUUUCCUUCAGAACCUUGAUAGAAAUAAUACAGAGAUGACUCAGAGUAAUUGCCCAAACAAAGAGACCCUUUCUAAUGGCCUGAAUCUUGACAAUAUUCUCUCUGAUUUGACGGCAAACACUCCAUUGAUGGGUGGGUUCUAUAACACCAGUCAAGGGGAGAAGGCGGAUAAGCUCCAUGGCUUAGCACUAUGCAGAGGCGAUCUAGCUCCACAAGGGGAUUCUUGCAAAAACUGUCUAAUAAAUGCAAGAAACAACAUUGAAGAAGAUUGCCAAAAUAAGACACACGCCAUUGAAUGGUAUGAGGGCUGUUUUAUUAAGUACUCCAACCAGAGUUUUUUUGGGGUGGUGGAUAUGGAUGGAAGGACACUGUGCGGCAUGAAACAGAGUAACCAUGUUGCUGUCAAUGCCUCGGUCGAUAUGGCACAGGGCCUCAUCCGUGAUGCAGUUAACAGUUCAAUGUUUGUUGGAGUUGGAAAGGUGGUGAUCAACAGUUCGUUGUCUAGCUUUGCCUUGGUGCAAUGCACCAGAGACCUCACUAGCGCUGGCUGCAGGGAUUGCCUACAGAGAGGAAUGAAUAUGGUUUUGAAUAACUGUGACACGACUAAAGGUUGGCAAUAUCUCUCAGGCAGCUGCACCUUGAGGUAUGAGACCUUCCCUUUCUUCAACACCUCAGUGUUACCGUCUAAUACAUCAGUGAUUCCUCCACAACGGCAGCAAGAUGGCGUUAAACAAGCAACAAGAAAGAAGAGAUCUAUUGUUAUUGUUCUGGUCAUCGUCAUCCCAAUUCUGGCAACCAUGCUCUUGGCUUCUUCUAUCUCUUAUUUCUAUUGGAGGUUGAGGCACAAAAAGCAACAAGAAAGAACAAUCUCCUUCUCAGUGAGCAAAAGAUCUCAGCUUGAUGAAUACUUAUCUUUUACUAGCAAUGAAUUGGCAUUCAUGGACCUCGCAAUUAUACAAGUAGCUACUAGAGACUUUGCUGAAGAAAAUAAGCUCGGAGAAGGUGGAUUUGGCUUUGUUUACAAAGGUGUUCUUAGUAAUGGAAUGGAGAUUGCUGUUAAGAGGCUUUCAACCAAAUCCAAACAAGGUGCAACUGAAUUUGAAAAUGAGGUGAAGUUGAUUGCUAAACUCCAGCACAGAAAUCUUGUGAGAAUGCUUGGUUGGUGUACAGAGAGAGAAGAGAAGCUGCUCAUCUAUGAAUACCUGCCAAACAAGAGCCUUGACUCUUUGCUAUUUGGUCAGUUCCAAACUAAACAAAAAAAGCGAGCACAACUUGAUUGGAAUAGACGGCUCCAAAUCAUCGGAGGAAUCGCUAGAGGCCUUCUCUAUCUCCAUGAAGACUCACUGCUUAAAGUCAUUCACAGGGACCUCAAAGCCAGUAAUGUUUUAUUAGACAAUAAAAUGACACCCAAGAUAUCAGACUUUGGCAUGGCCAAGAUAUUUGGAGGAGAUGAAAAUGAAGCCAAUACAAACAGAGUUGUCGGAACUUAUGGUUACAUGGCUCCAGAGUAUGCAAUGGCGGGGCUUUUUUCUGCAUAUUCUGAUGUUUAUAGCUUUGGAGUUCUCUUAUUAGAAGUACUAACUGGACAAAGAAAUGGAAAAACUCAUCUUGAAGAACAUGGCCUGACUCUUAUCAGAAAUAUGUGGUAUUUGUGGGUUGAAGGCAAGGCACUGGAGUUGACGGAUCCUUUGCUUGGAGGUUCAUAUACAAUGAAUGAAGCAUUGAAGAUGAUCAAAAUAGGGUUGUUGUGUGUCCAGGAAAAUGCAGAGGAGAGGCCAACAACGUCUCAGGUUGUUCAUAUGUUGAGGAGUAGUGAUCACACGCUCUUUCCAGAACCCAACCAACCUCCUUCAUUCAUGAAACAAAGAAGAAACUUUCAAUUUGAUGUAUCUUCAAGUUCCAAUUCUCACUCAACUACUGUUCAUUCUGCCAAUGCUGUUACCAUUUCUGCUCUGGAGUCUAGAUAG